AUGGAACAAGCCGAUGAGCAGUUCAAUUUUGUCGUCAACACGUCUCCCGAUAAUAUUCCCGCCACAUUGGGACGAGCGUGCAUUGCUUUCCAGAAGAAAGACUACAAAACAGCACUUCUUCAUUACAAGAAAGCGUUGAAGUUGAAGCCGGAUUGUGCACCGGAUGUUCGACUCGGGAUUGGACACUGUUUGGUGCGCUUGGGGAAAUUAGAUAAAGCGAGAAUUGCGUUUGAAAGAUGCCUUGAAAUGGACAAACACAAUAUUUCGGCGAUGGCCACUCUCGCCAUCAUGGACAACAACUUGAAUACACCUGAAGGAGUUCAACAAGCCGUCAAUCGAUUCAACUACGCGUAUAAACUUGAGCAAAAUCAUCCGAUUGUGCUUAAUCACUUGGCAAAUCGCCGCCGCCAAAAGAACGGGAUUCUCGGGCACAAGAAGGACAUGCUCACUCGACUUUUGACAAUCUGGCCUGAUGAUGUCGAGGCGUUGAUCGAUUUGGCACAACUCACCGAGCACAUUGGUGCGCAGAAAUCUCUUGUAUCCUAUCAAUAUGCAGCCAAAAUAUUAACUGAACGAGAAGAAGUUGAGGUUGAAGCU